UCACUAUCACUUUCUCUCUCACUCCCUUUUUCUCUCCAUUCACUUGUUUCUUCUUGCCCCUGGUUUGUCAUCGAUUUCAUGUGAAGAGGGCGAGAAAUAGACAGAAGGAACAGAAAUCUUUCUGCUCUCUCACUGCUUAUUUAAUUAGUUACGUGGGUUAGUUCAGUCGGUCAGGUAGUUAGUUAGUUAUUGUGACGUGAGAGCAGCUCUGGGGUCAGGACAGUCAGUUAUGAGGUUGUUAUGAGGUUGUUGUAGGUGACUUGGAGGAUUCACAUCUUAGUGGGCUGAAUUACACAAAAACAGAUCAUCAUGGCUGUCUAAUAACCGGGAUGGUGUUGUGAUGAACAGCUAAGACGUUAACACACACACACACACACAAUGAGUACCAGUACACCAGCAGUGUGCCCGGCCUCCCCUCCCUCUGAGGACCCGACCACGCCCCCGCCCAUGACCACACCUCCUCGCAAAGCUUCGGUCCGCCUGCAGGAGAGGCGGGGCUCCAACCUGUCUCUGCUAUUGGAUGUGACCAACCUGGGGGUGGAGCCUGUUUGCUCUGUCUCCACCCCAAAGGAGGUGUGGCUUCAGCUGCUGCACACCUCCUCCCGACCGCUCACACACCCUGCGCUGCAGCAGGCCGCCAUGGACACAAGCACACUGAAUGUAGAGUACCAGAAGAUCCCUCCGAACUUUGUGAGCGCCGCAGAGCUUGAUGUUCCAGGACACAUGAUGAAAGACAGAUAUAAAACCAUCCUACCCAACCCUGAGACCCGGGUGAUCCUGAGGAGCCCAGAGGAAGAGGCGGGGCCAGACCGCUACAUCAACGCCAACUACAUCAGGGGCUACAAAGGAGCACCCAGGGCCUACAUCGCCACCCAGGGGCCGAUGGUGCACACCGUGGGGGACUUCUGGGACAUGGUGUGGCAGGAGAGGAGCAGCAUCAUCGUCAUGGUUACCAGACUCAAGGAGAACAACGAGAAAUGCGAGUUGUACUGGCCACAGCCGAGGGAGAGGAGGAGGAGGAGGGUGAAGGAGGAGGAGGAGGAAGACGUUAAAGAGAAGAAGAAGGAGGGAGAGGAGAAGGAGGAAGGAGAGACAGGCCGAUUUGGCAGAUUCCUCCUCAGAGUGAGAGACAGCCAAGAGAAAGACGGGUUCACUGUAACUGACAUGGAGAUCCAGCUGUGUGAGGAGCACCGUCCCGUCAGACACUACUGGUUCACCUCUUGGCCUGACCAUCACAUCCCACAAUGCACCGCUCCGCUGCUGAGACUGGUGGAGGAGGUGGAGACCUACAGCAAGUCCCUCCUACCGCCGAGCUCUGAGCCAAUCACAGCCCCUGCCCUCUCUCCUGGGCCAAUCAUCGUCCACUGCAGUGCAGGUAUCGGGAGGACGGGUUGUUUUAUAGUCAGCAGUAUCGGCUGUCAGCAGCUCAGAGAAACAGGUCAGGUUGACAUCCUGGAGACUGUGUGUCAGCUUCGACUCGACAGGGGUGGUAUGAUCCAAACCACAGAGCAGUACCAGUUCCUGUACUCCACAUUGGCCCAGUACAGCUCCCAGCUACAACACAACCAGGACCAGAACCAGCAGAACCCAGAGCACCAAGUCAGCAUACAGUUACAGAACCUGCAGCUGGACGACACACAGAAUGUGAAGAACUGAUACCGUACAGAACCCGGAGAACCAGCGGGUUCACACCUACAGAAAUCCAGGAGAACCAACAGAAUGCAUCACAAAUAUUAUUAUUAUUAUUAUUAUUAUUAUUAUUAUUAUUAUUAUUAUUAAUAAAACCAGCAACUGGACGCCAGCAGCCGAGCCCAAAGAACUGAUGCACUCACAGAUGAAGAGUUUGGGGAACCAGCAGUUUCAGAAGUGUCGGGAUCAGACAGGAACCCCAAAAGAACUGGAUAUUUACAUGCAUACAGCUGAAGAAGAACCCAGAGCAUCACGUUCAUCCUGGACUGAAAGUCUCACUAAUCUUUCUCAACUGAAGCUUGAACCAAGAGAACCAACACAGAAAAUGUCCUUUGCACAAUGAAUCACAUUAAAUCCAAUAAAAAAGUGAAUCUUC